AUGGACUUCAUCAGCAUUCAGCAGUUGGUAAGUGGAGAAAGAGUUGAAAGGAAAGUGUUGGGGUUUGGACAUGAAGCUCCUGAUCCUGGAGGCUGGCCUAGUGACUGGAGGCUGGGACGCCAAGAGUCCGUGGCCCAGGAGAAGUUGAAAUUGGAAGAAGAGAAGAAGAAGAGACUGGAAAGAUUUAACUGCUCCAGACUAAAUCUGGAGAACCUGAGAGACUUGGAAAACUUGGUUCAAAGACGAAGAGAAAAACGACUGAGACGCAGAGUCCCCCCCAGGAAACCUGAGCCCAUGGUUGAGCCACAGCCACAGGCCCAGCGGGAGCCUGUGGGCCUGGAGAUGUUCCUGAAGGCAGCUGCUGAAAAUCAGGAAGCCCUGAUUGACAAGUACCUGACAGAUGGAGGGGACCCUAACGCUCACGACAAGCUCCACCGCACAGCCUUGCACUGGGCCUGUCUGAAGGGUCACAUCCAACUGGUGAACAAGCUGCUGGCAGCUGGUGCCACUGUGGAUGCUCGGGACUUGCUUGACAGGACACCUGUAUUCUGGGCCUGCCGUGGAGGACACCUGGACAUUCUCAAACAGCUGCUUAACCAGGGAGCCCAGGUUAAUGCACAGGACAAGAUCUGGAGUACCCCCCUUCACGUGGCAGUACGCACCGGCCACUCUGACUGCCUGGAGCACCUCAUUGAGUGUGGAGCCCACCUCAACGCACAGGAUAAGGAGGGGGAUACAGCUCUCCACGAGGCUGUGCGGCAUGGCCACUACAAAGCCAUGAAGCUGCUGCUGCUCUAUGGAGCCAAGCUGGGAGUGCAGAACAUGGCUGCCCUGACUCCAGUGCAGCUGUCACGAGAUUGGCAGCGGGGCAUCCGGGAAGCACUGCAGGCCCAUGUUGGGCACCCCCGCACCCGGUGCUGAUGACUCGGACCUGUGGGGUUCUCACAGCCACCAUUCCAAUCCCUCACUUGCAACUGCAUUUCUGGGUCUCUUGACCCUCAGUCCAGACUCCUCAGGGCUUUGCUUCCUCAGGCCUAAGGCCUCAGUGGGAACUAAGUACACUGGGCACAGCAGGUAGAAAAAGCAGGCCUCCGGGCUUCAGUGCCAGGUGGGGCUGCAUUCCCUGCUAGAGCUACGGCGGAGGACUAGAGGGCAGCAGAAAGCAAAGUGGGUCCCAAGGAGGGUCAGGGGAUCGAGUGAGAGCCAAAGCCAGAGCAGAAAGUGAGCAGGCCGGUACUACCCAAGGCUGGGUGCUAGACUUCCUUGGUGUCUGCUACCCCUCAGAAGACUAGCCCUGGCCUUCCACAAAAGCCAGUCUUCUGUGGGUGGUGAUUCAGGUGUGACCGACAAUUAUAUCCAGGACCUGAUGGGAGCCAAAGUGGAAGCAGGCCAUGAAGGUGCCAGGCAUUAUGCAGCUGGCCACUGCCCUUAAGAGAGGUUUCCCCUGGGAACUCCAUUCCUAUCAACGGCAACCCUGAUAGUGUCUGGAGUAGCUCUAGCCAUCUCUGGUCUUCAGGACUCUGAAGGGGGUACUGGCAGGCUGUGAGGGCACAUCAGCAGGUUUGAAACCCCACAGAGAAGUCAGUACCUACUGGGUUGCCUCAGAAGCCUGAGCUAGAGCUUAUUUAGGAGAGACCUGUGCUCACUCUGUAAGGGUUGGUAAGGCCAGCCUGCCACACUUUUAUUGGUUGGCUGGCGGCUCUCCUUUGAGGGGUUUGAGUGCCUGGGUACUAGGGACUGCUUGUGGCCCACUCAAUUCUUGAGGUGGUGGCCCGCAACCCUAUUUUGCCCAAGGCUUCAAUGUCCUCUACUACUGGAGAUGUUUUGGCCUGGCCCCUGUAUCCCACUCUGCACACUGAGCAACUGGGGACUUGGCCUAUGGGGGUCACAGGGAAAGUGAGGAGCACGCCACUCCCCUCCCUCAUCUGCUAACUGGUGGUGUACAAGCUCCCUUCUGGCUCCUCUCCCCUUGCUCUUUCACUGGCAGAGACCUGUACUGCUGGCGGAGCUGGCUCCUUAAAUGCCAGAAAGCUGAUCUGAAAGAGCUCUACUCCCAACUGACCACAGACUGAGAGAAGGAUUAAAAAGAUGAAGGCUUUGUUUCCCUCACACGAUCCUGGGUUACCUAGGUACCUGGGUUGGCAUCUAAUUUGCAGCAGUUAAUUUUUAAUCUAACUUUGACUUUAACUUCUGAGGCUAAGAACAAGGUUACCUUUACUAUGUGAAAAAGAAGCGACUAGUGCUCCAUAACCCGGGGCCACACACACCUUCCACAGGCAGUGACCUGUGGUGACACAGCCAGUGCACACAGGCUCUGGUGCCAUAGGCAAAACAGGCAUUCAGGACUAAGGGCCUUAUCUAGAAAAUGAGGAUAUUGACGUAUCAGACAAAAACACUUUUUUUAUGUGGAGUACUUUUUUCUCAUUAAACUGAUUAUUCCUCACAGCCUAGUUGUCUUUCUUUGGCGGGGCUAAGCCAGUACAGUACAUUGGGCACCAAGGACUGCCUGCCAGGGCCAAAGGCCUUGAUAUACUUGAGCUUUGCAAAGGUGCAAAGCAAUUCAGUGAGUGGAAAGAUGGCUUUUGAACAAAUGGAGCUAAGAUAAUUGGACAACUGUAGGCUUGAAAAAAAUAGCACAGUAUGGUGGCUCAUACCUGUAAUCCCAGCUACUAAGGAGAUGAAAA